CUUUGCAGGUAUUGGUACUCUAUGAGUGAAUCAGGUCCCAGAUAGACCUAGAAUGAUUCAUGAGGCAUCUCACCCAAACACAAACCCUUUUACUUGUACUGAUGGCAUAUGUACUUGUAACCAUAGUACUUCACUUAUCCUGGACAGAGAAGUCAGGCAUGGCAAAGCCAGUAACACAUAGCCACAGAGCUAAUGGAAGCUCGCAAAAGCCAUGCCAUGACACUGGAGAGUUGCUCAAGAAGUGUGUGCAAGAAUACAAAACAAUAACAAACUCUUCAUUUGUAGGACGUGCAGCACCUCACAGUUUUGUAUCUGUGAGAAAGUGGCUGGCGACCCAGCAGAUCCAUAAGACAGGACAGAAGUUGGCAGACGGUCUAAAUUUCCUCUCAACUGCUGCAGUUACUCGAGUUGGGCUUGGACAAGGUGGUUCUCAGUUCAAAUUCACAAUCUGGCUUGAUGGAGACCUCAAGGCUGUCUUUAAACCCAAGUGGUAUGAUAUUGAUCAUGUGAUAUCGGGAAAAGUAUACGAUGGGAAGGAUCGUCAUUAUGGAGAGAUUGCAGCCUUCUGGUUGGCUCUGCUCCUUGGAUUUCAGUGGUACCCUCUAGUCAUUGGAAGAAUAUUCAAUUGGAAGAAUGAGUUCCUCCCUGUUGCAGACCAAGCCCUGUUGAACACUAUGAUUAAGAAAGAUGGGAGACAAUGUAUUGUUGGGAAGUGCUUAUAUUGUACCAAGGAUGAUGCCUUCUGCAUUGCUGAUGAUGGGAAUAUUGAAGGUUCUGUGAUCCUAUACCUUCCUACAAACAACAAACUCGAGAAGUUGAGGCACCCUUGGGCACGUACCUAUAAAGAAGGUGUUUUUGCCAGGUGGGAAGUGGAUCCUGAUCAUUGCAAAACUGUGAAAACAGCAUUAUCUGAAUGGAGGUUACUGGAUCUCAUUGAUGUUGCCAUCUUUGACUACCUCAUUCAGAAUGGAGAUCGCCACCGUUAUGAAGUCAUAUCAAAUCUUCCACAUCCCCCAGUAGUGGUCCUUGACAAUGGAAAAAGUUUUGGCAACCCUGAUGUGAAUUUUGAGGACAUUUUGGCACCACUUUAUCAGUGCUGCAUGAUACACAAGGGAAUGCUAGAUACCCUGGAGGCUUUUACUUCUCCCAAUUGUUCACUUGGGAAAUUCCUACAUCAGGCAAUGAUUGCCAGUCCCAUAGGUCCAUUCUUGACUCCUUCACAUCUAUAUGCUGUGGACAAACGACUACAGCAUAUUUUGGAGAAAGUGCAGCAGUGUGUGAAGAAAUAUGGGGCUUCUGAAGUGAUUUUUCAGUGAUAAAGAAAAACACGGUGGUGGAAAAAUUCAUUUAAAUGUUUUCCAAUUAUCGUCAUUUGACACAUGAUCAUGUUAUUCUUCCUUCAUUCCAUCUUUAAAUUAUUGUAAGCAAUCAAAUAUUCUAUGCUUUCUUAGUCCUUCAAUAGUCACAAAGAUGGAGGAACUUUAUAAUGGAGGAUUGGAAACUGAAAACUGGAGAUUGUCCUUAAGAGGGAUCAGAGUUUUGUUAAGACUACUGAUAUAUAGAUAACCGUGGUUAUUAACUACUGAUGUGGCAUUGUCUGCAAUUAACAGUCUGUUCAUAUGACAUGGCAUCACAGUGUUGGACAUUCUCAAGGCUGUUCUAGUCUCCCUGGAAAACAUUUUGUAUUUUUUGUAUGAAUUGUUAUUGCUCUCUGUA